AUGCUCUGCAAGCGGGUUGAAGCGCGAGCAACGAUGAACGAUUUGCGUUCCGACCCGUGGGUGACCGAUGGGGGUCGAUUCCCGUUGCCGCCUGCUUCGGAGGGAACUAUCGAGGUUGACGAGGACGAGGUGGCGCAGGCAGUCACCCUGCUGCAAAUCGGGUCGGUUGCGCUCGUAGUGCAGUCGGUGGCGAAGUUCAAGCGGCUGCUUCAGACCGAGGAUGCUACACCGGCCGGCCCAAUGGCUGGAAAGUCGCCCUCGAAUCGAUCGAUCCCCGCAAACACGGUCUCCCUUUGUCUUGGUGAGAGCACGGUCUCCCUUUGUCAUUGGUGA